AUGAGUGGAGGACCCCCUAUCGAUUACUACGCGGCUCUCGGGAUCCCCUCCACCGCAACACAGCAGCAAAUCCGCGAUGCCUAUAAAAAAGCCGCGCUCAAGACCCACCCGGAUAGAGUCCCCUCCGACUCCCCAGAACGGGCUGAACGCACCCGGAAAUUCCAGCUCAUAAACGACGCUUACUAUACGCUCUCUGAUAAAACCCGACGUAGCGAGUACGAUGCCGCGCGCGCCUAUUAUAACUCCGGGACCUCGACAGCCUUCGACGAGGGGACACCAGGUCCCGACGCUGAAGCGGGGAGCGGCGGGUUCCCGUGGGCGAGUUUCGGAUUCAAAGCCAAGAGCGAUGCGGAGAAGGAGAAGUUCGAGAGCGAGCAGUUUGGAGAUGUGUUUGAGGAGAUGCUGAGAGAGGAGGGUAUGGCGGAGGGUGGGGGCGCGCCGACGGGGAAGUUCUGGAGCCUUGUUGGCGGCUUGUCCGGUGGUGCUAUGGGUUUCAUCGUCGCCAAUUUUCCGGGCAUGCUGGCGGGUGCCGUAGCGGGGAAUAGACUCGGAGCUAUUAGGGAUGCGAAGGGGAAGAGUGUUUAUGCUGUUUUCCAGGAUCUACCGCAGUCUGAUAAAGCGAGACUUUUGAGUCAGUUGGCGCAGAAGGUUUUCAGUCAUGCGGUUGGGGUGUAG